CUGGCAGCAGGGGAAAAAACAACAAACAAAUAAAAUUAUCUGCUUCCGCUUUUGUAUCGAAAACCUAGGAAAUUUCGUUGACAAGAUACCGGGCUUGCGGCGUUGAAAACAGCCAAAAGACAAAAGGAUCGGGUAUGAAUUGAAGAGAAAUCAGAUAGAUGGAUGUAAGGAGAUUGAGAAGUGGUAGAAAAAGUCGUUUUAAAUUGCACAGAGAAUGCCAUCGCAAACCUUCACUGGUGGACAGCUACUGUACAGAUGAUGAAAAUCGUCCAAGCUCUUGCCGCUACUCACACACAGCCUUCCCUUUAUUUUCGAAUUCAUCUGAUGAUGAAGUAAUUUUAUCACACAGCAGUGGCAGAGGAAGUGGGUUAAAGGUCUCCCACUCGGCCCCAUCAUGUCGACUUAUACCACUGCCUAUGGAAGACGCAAGUGGCAAUUUCUUCCCCUUCUUUAAUCUGCCACUUGAUUGCAAACUGAAAAUUUUUUCAUACUUGAACCCAAUAGAGAAAGGGCAAGGCAUGAGUGUAUGUAAGGAGUGGUAUCAAGUUCUGAGGACUCCGAGCUUGUGGUGUAAUGUGCUCCUGUGGGAUUUUCCACUGACCUGUGUUCCCACUGUGAGGGGAGGGAUUCACAAUCCCGGCGACUGCUAUAGCUGUUACAAGAGAAGAGUUCAUGGCUUUGCUGGCUUUCUGAUACGAAUCAGACCUCUAGUCAGAAGGUUGGAAUUCAAAUUUGACAUUAGUCAAGAAAAGGAUGGAUAUCUUUCAAUGCUUAGGAAUCUGAUGUGCCACAUUCCAUUUCGAGAGGUGAGGUAUAUGGUAUUCAACUGGAAAGACACACCAUCAAGACCGUUUUGGCUGGAGGAGUUCAAACAAUGUCGUUGUCAAGACGUUUUAUACUCCAACCGCCUCAGAGCCAGAAAAUAUAUUUUCUUCUUUGAGGAACUUUCAAAGCAUCUUAUCAAAAUUGAGACCUUGAUAUUGCCUUUUGAUUGGUCCUGCACAAGAAAUGUUGAAAAUCUCACUCAGCUGAAAACUUUACAAACUCUUGUUCUGGAAAAAAGCAGCGUGUUCCAAUCAGUUCCACAGUCAAGGUUGGAUAAACUUCUCGCAGGGCUCCCAAGUUUGCGUCAACUGAUGUUGGAGAUUUGGACCCCGAGUGGCGUAGGGAUGACGAAAUAUGACCUCAGUUCUGAAUCUCUAGAAUUCCUCGAUGUAUCACAGUGCCGGGGAUUCUAUCUGAGAUCCCUUACCAUGCCACGCCUGAAACGGUUCCGUGUGGCCCGUCACCCAUGGAAUGGUCCAAUGGUUUUUCCUGCUCGUUUGAAUAUACCAUGUCUGUAUGAUAUAUUGUGUCUAGGAACUCCAAGAUUAAUGAAAAUUAAUGAUCAUUACUUGAAAGAAAAUUGGAAAAAUUCCUGUCACGGGCGAUUGGAUGAAGUCUUUAAGUCUGUCUGCUCGUGUCGCAAGCACAAAACGGGUUGGAUGAUGUGAAGGUAUAAUUCGUGUUCUUGUGCCACCGGCAGAAUGGUGCACUGUAUGAGAGACUGUUUCGUAGUAUCACAGUAGUGUUUUGAAUGUUAUAGUCUUAAAACUCAAACCCAUUGGUUGUUUUCAACUUACUAUUUUGCAUCCAAGAUCAUUUAGAUGUAUACACGUAUAAUUUAUGAAAUAGAGAUCAGUUUGUAUAUAAAUAAUGUGAUUCACAUUUUAAUCUUGUUAGAUGAUCAAGUUUUUCAUACAUUACAUGGAUUUUGGUGACUGUAUGCAUUGUCAGUUUAUACAUAUAUUAAGUUUUAUAAAAGGUUUCAUAGAUUUUCAUUUGCACAAAGUAAAAUGCUUGAAAUGCAUUUUAAUCAGCAACAAAAUUGCCAUGCGCACUGUACAUUUAUGUGUUUUUUUUAAAAAUAAUUUUUUGGCAAUUUAAACUACUUAAGAUAAAGCUUGAACUGCUAUUUUGUGAACAGAAUGUGCCAUUCCUUUAUACGAGAGCUAGACAAACAGUACGUACAGUAUAGGAUGGAAAUUGCCUGUGUGUGCUAAUAGCAAAUUUUUAAAGAAUGUUAUUUUUUUAAAGCAGUUUUGGUGCAAAGGUCAUAUGUGAAUGAAUUGUAACUUAUCGUAUUAAAAGAAAUGGCCUUUUAUUAUGUAGCAACACCUCUUAGAUAUAACUGUUAUUAAACAGUAUUGCAUAUAAAGCAAAGAUGAGGUUUCACAUGCAGUUGAAUGUCCAUCUUUUGUGUGCAAGUUUAGGUUAAGAAUUGGAAAAAUUCCCUGCAAACGAGGUCAAUAAAUUCAUAAUAUACAGUAAAGCACUGUACCUUUGUAUAUAUAUAUACAAUUUGUGCACAUUUGCUUUAUACUAAAUAUAAGUUGCAUGCUAAUUAUGUUGCUUGGAUAUGAUUAUGAAACCACAAUAUGACAUCACAAACGGCUUACUACAUGAGAGCAUAAACUAAAAUUUCAGAAGAAAAUUUGAAUGAUUAGGAGCAGGUAUUUCAACACAAAAUCAUUAUCACUGUGCAAAUGUUAUCAGGUCAUAGUUAAGUAAUGAUUCACAGAUUUCAUGUAUAAUAAUUGACAAACUGCACAGACUGAUAUCAUUUAAGGGAAUGUACAGAAUUUGCACAUUUAUAACAUCAAAAUUUAUUUUAUUCCACCUUACCGUAUGUAAGAAUUGCAAAAAAAAUCACCAGCUGUUAGGCUAGGUAUGGAUUCAAUGUAAAUUUAGUAUCCACAGCCUGUGUGAUGUCAUUACAUGACAUGGUUUAGUGCAAUUAAGUCAUUCAAUCAUGUGUGUAAACUUGUUUUUGUUUCAUAUGAGUCAAUUGUGAAUGGCAAGAUUUUAAGAUGGAAUUUAUCAGUUCUGAUUUUUAAUUUACAUUCUCAUUUGCUUUGAAUCACCCAUGCAUGACUUUGAUGUACGUUGUUCCACGACGUGUGGUGCAUUGUCAGAAGUUUGAAAGAGAUAUUAGGAUUUUAAACUAAAAACUUGACAGUUGGAACAGAGCUCAAACAUUUCAAAGAUAUUUUAAUAUUCAAUUUUAAUGGCAAAAUUGAUUUGUUAUACGGACUGUUAAUAAUGGCCUUUUGUUAUUGUGUAAGUGGCAAUGUUUGUUGAUUUUGCACCCGAUUUCCUUAGUGAUUCCGCACAGGUUUUGUUUAGACUUGUAUAUUAAGCUGAUUAGCAUUUAUAUUUGGAGAAUCUUUAAUUGCUUCUAUACUAGAAAUAUUUACAAGUUCUUUUUGUUUACAACUUAUAGCUGUACAUCAUCGCUAAAUAAAAUUUUGUAUCUGUAAAACUCCAGACAAAAUCAUUUCUCAUAGUCAUAAUUCAUGCAUCCAAAUUCAUUGACCAAUUUCUCACAUGUAUUUUAAGAAAGAAAUUUCAUUUUGCACUGAUGCUGCUAUAUUUUGUCAGUUUGUUGAUGACGUAUCAACUGAUCUCAAAGAGUGUUUCAAUUAUAUUUUCAGUUUAUAGACGAUAUCUUCAUGUUAUGUUCAUGUAAUACAAAACAACUAAUAUACCCCUAAAAAAACCUUGUUUUGUAUGAUUCAUAGGAUUUAAUUUUUUUCAAUUGUUUGUUGUUUUUACAUUGAUUCUGUUGAAGGGUUCAGGGUGAAUGUUGUGGCCUUAUGGCAACCAGUCUGUGCCAUACUGAAAAAUAGAUCAUGUGAAUCAAAAAGUAUUUCUGUCUCAAUGCUUUUCUAAUGAUUAUAUUGUUAAUAAAAUUUUAAAAGCUAA